AUGGCAUUUCAAUACCAAAAUCAAGCUCUCCCCCCUCCAAAUCCUCUCUCUCAUCCUCAUCAGCAGCGAAAUCUCUCGCCUUUCGCAUCCCAGCAGCAACCCCACACCCAUGGCGGAGUUAAAGGAAAGCAGCAGCAAACUCAUAGCUCUGAAGAUGAGCUCGGAUUCGGAGAAGUCGCAACCGCCGCCGCCACCACAGCAGCCGCUACCGCCGCCGCCCAACGCGCCGCUCCCGCCGCCGCCGAACGUGUAUCGCAGCCCCAGUCCCCAUCUCCGUGGCAGAGAAUGAAGUGGACUGACAGCAUGGUUCGUCUCCUCGUAUCCGUCGUCCAUAGCGCCGGCGAUGAUAUCGCCGGCGUCGAAUGUUCCGAUCAAUACCAGAAGGGGAAAAAGUCGCCGUCUUCAACAUCAAUGCAGCUGAAGAAAGGGAAGUGGAAGUCCGUAUCGAGGUCAAUGAUGGAGAAAGGAUUCUACGUCUCGCCGCAACAGUGCGAGGAUAAAUUCAACGAUCUGAACAAACGUUACAAGCGGGUUAAUGAGCUCCUCGGAAAGGGAAUGGGUUGUAAGGUUGUAGAAAACCCCGCCCUCCUCGACUCCAUGGAUCACCUCUCUCAAAAAGCGAGGGAAGAAGCCCGCAAGCUCCUCAGCUCAAAACACCUUUUUUUCCGUGAGAUGUGCGCUUACCAUAACAACUGUCCUUCAGCUUCCGCCGCUCUCCGGCCGGAUCACUCUCCCUCUCUUUCUCCGGCGACUAUCAAGAUCCAAAAGAAGGGCGGCGGCGGCGGCGGCCUCUGCACGGUAGAGGAAGAAAGCCGACACCUUUGCCAAGAAGACGAGGAGGAGGAAGAAGAAGAAGAUGACUACAACGAAGAGGAAAGCGAGGAUGAGGAUGAUGGGAGCCUGGGGGUUAAGAGGAAGGCUGCGUUAUCUCCGGCAGCGAUGUCUCCAUUGUCGUUAUCACUGUGUUCGCCGUCGGGAUCAUCGUCGGCGCAGGGGGAACAGCAGCAGAGAGAGUGGGUGAGAAUGAAGCUGGCGGAACUGGAAGAAAAGCGGGUUAUUUAUCAGAAGCAGGCGCUGCAGCUGGAGAAACAGAGAUUUAAAUGGUUGCGUUUUAGCAGCAAUAAAGAGAGGGAAAUGGAGAAGAUGAGGUUGUGGAACGAGAGGCUUCGGCUGGAGAAUGAGAGGAUGUUAUUGCUGUUACAGCAGAAGGAAAUCAGGCUUUUUGAGUCUGCCGGAAAAGCAGGCGGCGAAGCUAACGGCGGCGAGAUUGCUUCUUAUCAGUUCCCGGCGGUGGAUCGGAACCAAAACUAGUGGGUAGUGUAGAUCUUAUGGGUUGGUUUUUGAUUUAACGGGAUUUAUUUUUCUCAUUGUUAAUAGAAAAGUUUUUGAACGGUGAAUUAGAC